AUGUCAAACUCCUCGGUUUGUUGUGCUUUUGAGUCCUCCAUCUUAAUCCAAGUCCUACCCCCUGUACUUCUUAUAGAGUUCAUUUGUGGCCUUACAGGGAAUAUUUUGGCCCUCUGCAUGUUUGCUUUCCACACAGACAGCUGGAAGCCGAACUCCAUCUACCUGGCACAUCUGACUGUGGCGGACUCAGUGGUGCUGUUCUGCCUGCUAUUCAGAGCUGACUACUAUCGCAGGGGCCAAAACUGGGUCUUCGGAGAUGCCUUCUGCCGCAUCCUGCUCUUCCUCCUGGCAGCAAACAGGGCUGCUGGCAUCUUCUUCCUCACCGCCGUGGCUGUGGACCGCUACCUGAAGAUCGUGCACCCACUACAUCGCAUAAAUCGGAUGAGCCUGAGCUACGCUAUGUGGGUCUCUGCAGGCCUAUGGGCAAUUAUUGUAGCUAUGACAGGACACUUGCUGGGCUCGCCACACUUUUUCAGUGUUGGCAACCACACCCAGUGUGAGAGCUUCAAUAUAUGCUUGGACAACAGUCCACUAUCAGUCUGGCACAAUGCCUUCUAUGUGCUCCAGUUCUGUGUGCCAGGCGGCAUCAUCGUCUUCUGCACGAUCUGCAUUGCAUGGCAGCUGAAAACCAAGACAAUGGACAGCACAGGCAAGGUCAAGAGGGCCGUCCAGUUCAUUUUAAUUGUCGCCAUGGUCUUCCUUGUCAGCUUCUUCCCAAGCACUGUCUCACGGGUUGCUGUUUGGAUCCUGAAGGCCUGGUACAAUGAGUGUGUACACUUCACUGAGGCAAAUCUGGCAUUUUAUACUUCAGUCUGCUUCACCUAUUUCAAUAGUAUGCUAAACCCUCUGGUUUACUACUUUUCCACUCCUGCAAUGAGUGGGGUCGUACAGAAAUAUAUCAGAAGACUCUUGGGGCAGAAAGAAGAGGUGGCUCCAGGGAACAAAAGUGUGUCUACAGUAGCAAGUGAAUAA